UGUGAUUCGUUAGAGGACCAAAGAAGAAGAUCGAAUGCAGUGAUGAUCGAUGACAGCCGAUAAAAGGAGGGAAUCGAAGAGCAUGAUCAUCCCACCACCAAUCUCUCAUCUUCGUGUUUGGGUUUUACGUCCAGCACUACCCACCAUGCUCCAUUGUCAUGGAGUAUCGGUCUGCACUUCUUGUGGGGUGUGUUUGCUCCGGCUCCGGCGAUUGAAGCCUAUACAAUUGAAUUAUCGAUUGGAAAAUACUUUCUUUCGCUAAAAGCUACAGCUGUAUCAGCUUCAAUCUUCCGUUCUAACAGUAACAGAGACGUUACCGUCUUACCGAUAUCACCUCGGGACAGAUAGCCCAAGCUCCAAUAAUGGAUCUAUCGAGAGCUGUCUGUCUCUGACUCCCAUUGUCUGAAAAGCGGGACAAAUGUCGAGAGCCGGGAUCUACUGUACUUUUUUGUUGCUCUGCAAUUGUCUUACACUUUAAUUUAUUCUGUGACAAGUGGAAGGCCAAGCAGGCAAGGAAUCAGGCUCGGCACUUGAUUUCACCGGAAAAAAAUUACGUAGAAUUCAUUUAUUGCAGACUGCUAUUAGUUGGGGAGACCCAUAUCUGUUGCUUCGCUGGUUCUUCUUAGGUGUUUAUCAUUGAGUGCGCCCACGUGGGUUAAGAUCCUGAGUAACAGAUAGUGUCUCCCCACAUACUGAAUUCUGACACCAUUAGCAUCUGAUCCUCUCUCUUCUCCAUCUCUGUUCCACAUUCCUUUCUGUUAUCUUUAAUGGGUUUUUCUCUGUUUAAUUACUAACCUCGAAUUCAUUCGAUCUUAUGGUAUUCCUAUGGCUUCCAUUCUUCGUUGUCGUAAGCUCCGCUAUGUAGAGCCUGUUAAGUGUUCAACGUUGGGUCUCGAAUCUCUUGAGACUUUAAAAAGCAGUGACAAAGCUGAGGGUGGUGCUUCAGCUGUUGUUGUUAACACCAUUAAUCGAUCUUUACCAGGGAAGAGGAGAAGGAGGCCAACUAACGACUGGAGGUAUAUAGAUUGGUACUGCUGGAUGGUUGGGUACCUAUGCACUACAUGGUGGCUUCUCUUAUUACUGUCUCACUUUCUGUCUGGCUUUCAAGCUCCCGAAUCACCGGGGUCAAAGCUGAAGCGAGAAGGAUUGAAAGCGUUGCAUCCCGUCGUGUUGGUGCCCGGCAUUGUUAUUGGCGGAUUGGAGCUCUGGGAAGGCAGACCCUGUGCGGAUGGUCUGUUCCGUAAGCGACUCUGGAGCAGUAGCUUUACAGAAAACUUCAGAAGGCCACUGUGUUGGUUGGAGCAUUUGUCUCUGGACAGUGUGACAGGGCUGGACCCACCAGGCAUCCGGGUUCGUCCUGUUACUGGGCUGGCUGCGGCGGACUAUUUUGCUCCUGGGUACUUUCUUUGGACUACCCUUAUCGAGAACCUGGCGAAAGUUGGAUACGAGGGGAAGAAUCUGCACAUGGCUACUUACGAUUGGAGGCUCUCUUUUCAGAAUACAGAGGUUCGAGACCAAUCCCUCAGUAGACUGAAGAGUAAAAUUGAACUUAUGUUUGUAAUCAAUGGUUAUAGGAAGGUAGUAGUGGUUCCCCAUUCUAUGGGGAGCCUCUAUUUCCUCCACUUUCUCAAGUGGGUUGAAGCACCGGCUCCUAUGGGUGGAGGUGGUGGUCCGGGAUGGUGUGCUAAACACAUCAAAGCAAUCAUGAACAUUGGUCCGUUGUUUCUUGGUGUUCCAAAGGCAGUUAGUAACAUACUCUCUUCUGAGGCUAAAGACAUUGCUUUUGCCAGAACUAUGGCUCCUGUCGUUUUAGAUUCUAACUUUCCUGGUCUUCAAACCCUAGAACACAUCAUGCAAGUUUCUCGCACUUGGGACUCGAUGAUGUCAUUGAUACCAAAAGGAGGAGAGACAAUCUGGGGUGACUUGGAUUGGUCACCUGAAGAAGAGUACAAUUGUGAUUCUGAAUGGAAGAAAAAUCUGAAGGCCUCUUCAAGAGACCAAUCACAUAAAACCAACAUAAGUGAUGGACAGCUAGGUUUCAGAGUAAAGGAGUCUGUAAAAUUUGGAAGGAUAAUCUCCUUUGGGAAGAUGGCAUCAAAAUUACCUUCCUCUGAGCUAAGAACUUUUGAUUUUAAGGACCUUUCUUGUGGUGGUGCAUCAACUAAGUCCAAUUCAUCAUGUGGAGAGGUGUGGACUGAAUAUGAUGAGCUGAGUAGGGAAAGCAUCAAGGAAGUUGCAGAAAACAAAGUCUAUACAGCAACAACUAUUCUUGAUUUGCUUUACUUUGUGGCCCCAAAAAUGAUGCGGCGUGCCAAUGCUCAUUUCUCCCAUGGGGUAGCUGAAAAUUUAGAUGACCCAAAGUAUUCCCAUUAUAAGUACUGGUCCAAUCCACUGGAGACCAAGUUACCUGAUGCUCCAGCUAUGGAGAUUUACUGUUUAUAUGGAGUGGGUAUCCCCACAGAAAGAUCAUACGUGUACAAGCUCUUACCUUCAGACCAGUGCAGGCACAUCCCCUUCCGGAUUGAUAGCUCCACAGGUGGUAACAAUGGUAGGUGCUUGAGGAGUGGCAUCUACUUUGUGGAUGGUGAUGAGAGUGUACCAGUUUUGAGUGCUGGGUUCAUGUGUGCCAAAGGGUGGCAGGGAAGAAACCGUUUCAAUCCAUUUGGCAUCUCCACCUACAUAAGGGAGUACCGGAACAAGCCGCCUACCAUUCUGUUUGAGGGCCGGGGUUUAGAGAGUAGUUCUCAUGUUGACAUCAUGGGAAAUGUGGCCUUGAUUGAGGACAUAAUGAGGGUUGCAGCAGGUGCCAAUGGAGUAGAGUUGGGUGGCAACAGAAUUUUCUCAGACAUCAUAAAAAUGUCUGAAAGGAUAAACCUACGCCUGUGAUGACACUAUUGGCAUUAGCAUGAUUUCCUUCCCUUCAACAGCCAAUCACUUCUUGAGAUUCUGUCAUAGGUAGUCAACCUGAAACAACUUGAGAAGACAUCACCAGGCAUUCAAGUAAUCUAGAGAAGGGAAAGAGAUCAGUCUAGCACAUGCAACAGAACAGAGCCACACAGUGGAGUUAGAGGAUUGGAACUCAACCACAAAUAUUCUAACUACCAUUUUUCAGAAUGGUUGUUGUGGGUAGUAAUUGAUAAAUGAGGGUUUUACUGUGGAAGUGGAAGAUAUACAUCAACUUGGUGGAAUCUUACUAUAGUGAAUAAAUGACUUGUACAAGUUCUGUUUGUACUAGGUUUUAGUGAUCAGGAGGUGCAGUAGGGUCCAUUUUAUUUUGUUCUUAAAUGUGGACUAUACCUGUAAAAUCCAAUUACUGGACUGCUUUGUAUUAUUUA